UUUUUGUCGCUUCUCACCAAACAAAACCAAAUCCCUCUCUCCAUAACUCUCAUUCAAUAGGGUAAACCUACCAUUCACAGGUUUGAACGAAACCAAAGAAACCCACAAUCAAGAACCCCACCCACCCCCAAAAAAGUGAUGCAGCAGUGCUGUGGGGCAUCUUUUUAUUAUUUUAAAUUUUAUUAAACAAACAAUUUAAUUUCUGCUGUGAAUUUCAGACCCAACUAAUUACGUGAGCGUAUUUAAGACCACCAACCCCCUCCCAUAUGGUCAAUCUCAAAAGAUUCUUGCAUAAUUGCACCUCUUGCUCUUGCCGUCAAGAUCCCUUUUCUUCUUUUUAUGCGGGGUUGAGGUUCUUGCAUUCUUUGUCUGUGUUUUCUCUUCGAUUUUCCAGCUUGUGCUCCUCUCAGCCUCGCCUUUUCUCUUCUGAUACACGUAAUAAUAGUAUACUUAUGGAAAUUGUCAAGGCGGUUGCCCAAAAAGGAUCUUUAUCCCCAAAGAGUAUUGCAAUAAGAGCUGAUCAGAAUAGUCACAGUUACCACCAGCUGAUCUUAUCCGCUCGGAAAAUAUCUAACUUGUUACUAAAUCCCGAUUCGAAAAAUGCCAAUGAAGUCGGAGAAAAUAAAAGUCUAGGUGGAGCUAGGGUUGGAAUAGUUGCUAAACCUUCACCCGAAUUUGUAGCUGGUGUACUCGGAACUUGGUUCAGUGGAGGUGUGGCGGUCCCACUUGCACUUAGUUAUCCCGAAGCAGAGCUUCUUCACGUCAUGAAUGAUUCGGAUAUUACAAUGAUUUUAAGUACGGAUGAUCAUCAAGGAAUAAUGGAAGGCGUCGCAGCAAAGACUUGUGCUCGAUUAUCCCUUCUUCCUCAUGUUCCGAACGUAAUUACAGAGUCGACCGAACUUGAUUGUUCGAGUAAUGGAGAAUUCAAAAUUUCUCAUGAGAUAAAUGGAGAGGACCCUGCAUUGAUUAUAUAUACUAGCGGUACUACAGGAAAGCCUAAAGGAGUUGUGCACACACAUAAAGGUGUUCUAUCACAGGUUCAAAUGCUGACGGAUGCUUGGGGUUACACAUCAACCGAUCAAUUCUUGCAUUGCCUGCCAUUGCAUCACGUGCAUGGUCUUUUCAAUGCUUUGCUUGCCCCUCUCUACUCGGGUUCUACGGUUGAAUUCAUGCCAAAAUUCAGUGUGAGGGGAAUCUGGCAAAGAUGGCGAGAAUCUUAUCCAGAGAAUCAAACUAAAGCGGAUGAUGCUAUUACUGUGUUCACUGGAGUUCCUACAAUGUACACUCGUUUAAUACAAGGGUAUGAAGCUAUGGAUUCGGAAUUACAAACUGCUUCUGCUGCAGCAGCCAAACACUUGCGCCUUAUGAUGUGUGGCUCGUCGGCUCUCCCUCUUCCAGUCAUGCAGCAGUGGGAAACUAUCACUGGACACCUGCUUCUAGAACGUUAUGGAAUGACCGAGUUUGUCAUGGGAUUAUCUAAUCCCUUAAACGGGAAACGGAAAGGGGGUACAGUUGGCAAGCCACUUCCUGGUGUGGAGGCCAAGAUUAUCGGAGAAGACGGUCGUGUGGAUGCUGACGUGGAGGUGGGUGAGCUAUGCAUUAAAAGUCCUUCGUUAUUCAAGGAAUAUUGGAAGCUGCCUCAGGUGACUAAGGAGUCGUUUAUUGACGGUGGAUUCUUCAAAACUGGAGAUGCUGUUCGAGUGGAUGAAGAUGGAUAUUACGUCAUUUUAGGACGUACUAAUGCUGAUAUUAUGAAGGUUGGUGGUUACAAAUUAUCUGCUCUAGAAAUCGAAGCAAUUCUUUUAGAGCAUCAAACUAUUUCCGAGUGUUGUGUGUUGGGGUUGCCCGAUAAAGACUAUGGGGAAGCCGUGUGCGCAAUAGUUAUACCUAACGAAGAAAUUAAAAGAAAACGAGAAGAAGAAUUGAAGCCUGCUCUAACUUUAGCUGAACUUUCCAUGUGGGCUAAAGAGAAGCUUGCACCUUACAAGAUACCGACUCGUUUAUUAUUGUGGGAGUCGCUGCCUCGAAAUGCCAUGGGAAAGGUGAACAAGAAGGAGCUGAAGAAAAAGCUAGCUGAUCAGGUUUAAGUAAAGCUCUACUUGAUUUAUAUAUGGGCAUUUUUGGAAUAUUUUAUAUUUUGAUUUUAGUUUUUGUAUUUUGGUGCUGAAAAUUGUUAUUGUGAAAGCAUAACAUUUUAUUUAUUUAAUCAAUAAAUCAUGAUUAUUUAUCAAGAAAA